AAAUCAUCAAAUUUUCGGGUGUCAAAAUUAAAAAGUUAAAAUUAUCAAGUAAUUUUUCACAAUAAAUAUAAAAAUAUUAUUUUGUUGAUUUUAUUUGGAUCAAAUAAAUAAUUAAUAAGAUGGAUUCCCGCGAUGUAAGAGAUGAAACUGUUGAUGCCGUAAUAAAUCAACUCUUGGGUGCGCUGAAUAACCCACAGCACAUUUCCACAACUGGAUCGACCUAUGAUCUGCAGCAUCUGCUGGAGAAGUUGGAACCUCUGAUCUCUCCAGCAUCUGACGAAGAUCCAAUUAUUGAUUUAAUAGAGACAAUAGUGCGGGAAUCGACUCCUACUAACUCAAGAGCGCCAUCUACGAGUCACAGUUUCAAUGAGAGCCCGUCCAGUUUGUCAACAGAUAGCCGCAGAGGGUUCUGGUCAAAAUUGUUCAAAAGAAAGUCCCAGAAGUCUACAGAAGGCUUCCAAGAUCCUACAGAAGGACCCCAUGAUCCCGCGGAACCUUCGAAGUAUUCGUUACCAUCAAUAGGAUCAGCAAACGACUCAAAUGCUUCUGCUUCAGCUUUGAAAGCUGCUGAAAAUCAUGUCGCUCAGCUGGAAGACUCUGGGCCUGGUGAUCUGACUUCCGUCAGUGCUUUAGGCAGGGAAAUAAAUCGUAGAAUUUGCGUUUGGUCUUCUUCAAUGACUCUAAGACAUGAAGUAGGUUCCAGUAGACCUGGAGACCCAAUUAAUGUACAAUUUCAUUCCCAACCUGAAGAUGUCAUUGGUCAUUGGAGUUUGGUCGGCAAUGAAGAUCCACAAGUUAUCGAGAGUGGGUUGAAUGACUGCCUCUUCAACGCGAUUGCUGCUCAGACGGGUCACAAACCCUCCGAAUUAAGGGACAUAACAGUUGCACGCAUGCGCACGAAUAUCAGAAGCGUGGCCAAUAGGAUUCGAGAGCUAGCACGCCGGGAAGAGUGUGACAGGAUUGUCUUGAUGGUCGGAGGUGCAAGGUACUAUGGAUGUGACGAUAGAGAUGCAGGAAGACUUCUAGAUAGAUGCCAAAGAUCACCCUCGCACCCGACAGGCAAGUUAGGGCAUCCCAGAGGUCACGUGUCAAGGCCUGAAGUUUAUGGAACGUUUAAUAGUGCCGAGAACUAUUCGGUAUUCGGGUGCAAGACUGCAUUCAUUUCAAUGAGUGAUCAAAACGCAUUGGCGCAUAGAGUCCUGAGGUCAGAUCCAGUCCAAGCGGCCAUGACCAGGCUGAAUACAGGCAGCCCAUUAGAGUUGAUAAGAGUCACUCCAGCAGAUAUCGACGCGGAUCAAACUGUAAAUCCAAAUGCCGUUCCUCUACCAAUGGGUCUUCAUUUUAAUGAUGGCGUAGGAGGAAAUCCCCAAAAAAUACGGGAACUAGUUAUAAUAAUACAGCAUUUUGAGGGGUGUCAGGAUGAUCCGGAUGCUGACGUUUUCAUCAAUACCUUCUAUCCACUUUUAGUAGGGUAAUUUUUUGGGUGUAAAAAUUAAUGGACUUUCGAUACAUCGAUUGAGAAAUCAAUAAAUCGAAAGUAAAAUUUGACACUUCUGAAUUUGUAUUUGAA